AUGUGUUCGGAACCUGCGGGGUAUGAGCGGGGACGUUCGACUAACCAGCGUCAACAUUCAUAUAGCAUCAUCAAGGAAAUCACUCGAGCCGUUGACCUGACUACCCUCCAUGCUCUAUCGAGUGUAUGUCGCCAGUUUCACGCGAACCUGGCCCCAUAUCGCCACCAGCUAGUGAGACAGACGCUCCGGUGCGAGAAUGAAUACAUCGAAACCCUAGCAGAGAUGCUACACGACGGUGCUGUCAUCCCUGACAGCGUCAAGUCCGUCAUUCAGCUCAUCAGUCGCGGGACCGGCGAUCCAGGCCGCAUGACUCGCGGCAAAGUGGGCAAGUGCGCACGCGACAUGGUGGGCGAAUGUCGUCGUUGCGCCAAGGUUGUCUGCAGAAAUUGCACAGUCAAGCCUCCCAACAGACACGCCCUCAAAGGUCGCAUCCGUCGCCUCUGUCGACCGUGCGGCACCGCGCCGCUCGCCGCUCACCUCGCCCGCAACUCCGACCCACACUCUGGCCCGUGGGACGAAAACAGCGUGGCCGCUCUAGCCUUUGCGCGUACCCCGUGCAACUGCGAAGAGGCGGUUUGGUUGUGCACGCAAUGCGGGCAGACCCUGCGCAGCAAUGACACGACAUACCGUCGAGUCUGGGCUUGGCGGACGCGAUACAGUACGUACCUGGGGGGUGUGGGCACUGGUAUUGGUGAGGGCUGCCAGGGCGUCAAGUGCGGACGAGGCGAGAGUUGUCUCGCCUCUCAGGAAAUCGAGCUCGAGGUCGAUUGCGAGGCCGAUGAGGGGUCUAGCAGUGAUAGCAGCAGGUCUGGAAGUCCUGCGGAACAUCCACCAUACUACCAUGAGAAUGGUAGUCCGAUUGAUGGACAUGAUGAAGACCAGCCGGGAUAUUUCCGGCAGGAGGUUAUUGGACUUGGGGGCGUUGUGAAGCACAAGUCUAAGAAGAGAGUUAAUGUUGGGGCUUGCGUUGUUGAGUAUGAGGAUGAGAGGGAAACGGGCAACUAUCUCGUUCGUGAAGAAGAGGGCCUGCACCGCGCUUGGUGUGGCUGGUGCUCAAGGGUAAUUCCAGCGAGGAACGAGACUCCCUGA